GUGGAGCGGCCGCGGGCAGUGAUGGCGGCGGGGCCGGGCCGGGGUUCCCCGGGAACGGCUCGGAAUUCCCCGGGAACGGGCCGGAAUUCCCCGGGAACGGGCCGGAAUUCCCUGGGGAUGCUCCGCGCGCUGCUCGUGGCCGCGCUGGCGGCGGCCCCGUGCCCGUGCCGGGGGAACUCGGUGCACCGCAAGAUUUACAUCCCGCUGAACCACACGGCGCCCUGCGUGCGCCUGCUCAACGCCACGCACCAGAUCGGCUGCCAGUCUCCCGUUUCUCCCCAGCCUCGGCUGAGCGGCAACACGGGCGUGAUCCACGUGGUGGAGAAGGAGCAGGACCUGGAAUGGGUCCUGGCCAAGGGCCCCCACCCCCCCUACAUGAUCCUGCUGGAUGGGAACCUCUUCUCCAGGGAGAUUUUGAUGCGGUCUGAAGGGAAACUCCCGGGUUUCCGGCCUGGCCGUGGCCGCUGCCUCUCCCCCCCCCCUUCCAAAGGAUUUUCCCCGGGAUUGAAAUGUCCCAACGAUGGAUUUGGGCUGUACUCGGACUCCUACGGGCCGCAGUUCGCGCACUGCAACGGCUCCGAGUGGAACCCGGGCGGCUCCGGGCUCUCCCACGAGGAUUUCCCCUUCCCCAUUUUCCUGCUGCAGGACGCCAACGAGACCCAGCUCAUCAAAGAGUGUUUCCGAGCCCACAACGUCCCCGAGGGCCCGGGCGCGGCGCCGCGGUUCCCGCUGUGCGCCAUGCAGCUCCUGGCUCACAUGCACGCCGCAGCCAGCACCGUCACCUGCAUGCGCCGCAGCUCGCUGCAGAGCGCCUUCAGCAUCAACCCAGAGAUCGUGUGUGACCCCCUGCUGGAUUACAACGUCUGGAGCUCCCUGCAGCCCAUCAACGCCUCGGGCCGGCUGCCGCCCCAGCAGCGCCUGCUCCUGGCGGCCACCAGGGUGGACAGCCACUCGUUUUUCUGGAACGUGGCCCCGGGUGCCGAGGCCGCCGUCGGCUCCUUCGUUUCGCUGCUCGCGGCCGCCCAGGCCCUGCAGGCGGCGCCCGGCGCCCAGAGCCUGCCCAGGAACGUCCUCUUCGUCUUCUUCCAGGGGGAGAGCUUCGAUUACAUCGGCAGCUCUCGCCUGGCGUUCGACAUGGAGCAGGAGAAGUUCCCGCUGCGCCUGGAGAACAUCGGCGCCUUCCUGGAGCUGGGCCAGGUGUCCCUGCGGAACGACUCCGUGCUCUGGAUGCACACGGAUCCCGUGUCCCGGCGCAACGAAUCCGUGGAAUCCCAGGUGCAGUCCGUGCUGGCCGCUCUCCGCGGUUCCGGUUCCCUCUCGGGGCUCUCCCUGCGGGAGCCGGGCGAGUCGCGGCCCCUCCCCCCCUCGGCCCUGCAGCGCUUCCUGCGGGCGCGCGGCGACCUGGCGGGCGUGCUGCUGAGCGACCACCAGGGGGCGUUCCGCAACAGGUAUUUCCAGAGCAUUUACGACACGGCCGAGAGCCUGGGGCUGCGCUACCCCGAGGGGCUGAGCCCGGAGCAGCGCCUGGAAUUCGUCACCGGCACCGCCAAGGCCCUGGCCCAGGUGGCCACGCUGGUGGCCCGGGCUCUGUUCUCCCUGGCCGGGGGAGCUGCCGGCGCCGCCGAGAGCAUCCAGGCGGAUCCCAAAACGGUUGCGCGGCUGCUCUACGGAUUCCUGCUCAACUCCAACAACUCCUGGUUCCAGUCCCUGAUCAAACCCGACCAGAAGGGGAUCCUGGGCCCGUUCCCGCAGCACUACGUGGCCGUGUCCAGCCCCACCAACACCACGCAGCUGCUGCAGGCGGUGCUGGGCAACCUGACCGGGGCCAGCGUCAACCUGAGCCGGGAGCAGUGCCAGAAUCCCGGGAAAACGCCGGGAACGCUGCCCGAGCUCUAUGAGUACUGGUGGGUGCAGGGCCCCCUGGAUGGGAAUUCCACAUCCCGAAUUCCCGGCUGCGUGCGCUCCGGUGUCCGUCUGUCCCCCGCGCUGUCCCCGGCCUUCGAGCUGCGCCGCUGGGACUCGCGGGAAUUCUCCACCUGGACCGAGAGCCGCUGGAAGGACGUCCGGGCCCGCGUCUUCCUGGUGGCCAGCAGGGAGCUGGAGCUGCUGACGCUGGCCCUGGGGGUGCUGGUGCUGCUCCUGUCCCUGCUCUGCACCUUCCUCAUCAAUUCCAAGGCCUCGCUGCUCUUCAGCCUCCCGGCCCCGCCCGGCCCCUCCGGAUACUGAAAAUCCGGGAAAAGCUCCCGGGAAAGCCUCAGGAAUCCCCCCCGGAGCUCCCAGCGCUGGGAAUGCCAGAGGUGUUCCUGGGAAACCUGGAAUUCCAGAUGGGAUCCAUGCCCUGGGGGAGGAAGUCCCAGAAUUCUGGGUGGGAUCCAUACCCUGGGGGGAAAUUCCCAAAUUCUGGGUGGAAUUCAUGUCCUGGGGGGGAAAUUCCCGAAUUCCGGGUGGGAUCCAUGCCCUGGGGGCGAAAUUCCCAAAUUCCAGAUGGGAUCCAUGCCCUGGGGAGAAAUUCCCAGAAUUCUGGGUAGGAUCGAUGCCCUGGAGGGGAAAUUCCCGAAUUCCAGGUGAGAUCAAUGCCCUGGGGGGAAUUUCCCAAAAUCCCUGGUUGGAUUCGAUGCCCUGAGUGAAAAAUUCCCAGAAUUUUGGGUUGCCUGAGUGGCAAAUUCCCAAAAUUUUCCUGGAAUUCCCGGUUUCAUAGGGUGGAGCUUUUCCCAAAAUCCAGAUAAAGGAAGGAUAAAGGAGGGGGGGGUUGGGAAUUGUGAGGAAUUCCAGAGGGUCUGGGAAUGUCCUGAUGGGAAAAGUCCCUUUUUUCCCUGGGAUUUGUAAAUAUUAUAAAUAAAUCUAUGGAAUUCCCUAGGAA